AUGGCUUCAGUUUUAAGAAAGUUUCUACCUUUAGCAGCAUCACCGAUUCCCAAAACGGAAAACCGUGAUAGUGACGAUGGUGGUGAUGAAACUAGUAGCAGUUACCGAAUUGAUUAUUCAUUCGCCGAUGUGUAUAAAGGUCCCGUCAUUGCCAAUGUGCCACGAGCUCUUCCCGUCGAAGUUGAUGACAUUCCGACGGCUCUUCCGGUUUCAUUUUCCUCCUUGUUGCCAGAUGUCUCUUACCCAGUGGUCCAACCACUCGUCAGGAGGACUAAGAAACCACCUGAAUCUGGAUCCGAGAAGAAGAAGAACGGUUUGGUGGUUGAUUCUGAUUCUGCAGCUACUUCUUCAAGUGUGGUGUUGAAACGGCAUCAUGUUGUUUCCGGCUCAUCAUCAUCGUCGUCGUCACUGUCAUCGUCAAAGAGGUUAGAUGUAGCGGAAGAAGAAGAAGCCAGAGUUUCUGUUGAUUCACCGUCGUCGUCAUCAUCCGCAGCAGUAAGAGAGGAAGAAGACACGUUAGAUGGAGAUAACGAAGGAGGAAACCCAAACCGUGUGAGAUUCGUUGAACCAAGUCGCCAAGCUAGUGAAGGUGACGAAAGCUCUUACCUUUCUGAUGGGGAGAGUCUAGCUGCAACGCCUAGAGCUGAAAGGAAAGGCAAAAGAGGAUCUUGCUACCGAUGCAUGACCGGGAACCGUUUCACAGAGAAGGAAGUCUGCAUUGUCUGUGACGCCAAGUACUGUUACAACUGCGUGAGAAGAGCCAUGGGAGCGAUGCCAGAAGGAAGAAAGUGUCAGACUUGCAUUGGUAUCAGAAUCAACGAGUCCAAGAGAGCGAGUCUCGGCAAAUGUUCGAGGAUGCUGAAGCGUCUUCUCACUGAUUCAGAGCUUCAACAAGUCAUGAGAGCCGAGAUGUCAUGCCAGGCGAAUCAGCUGCCUUCGCGUCUCAUCGCUGUCAAUGGGAAGCCUUUAAGCGAAGACGAGCUUUACGAGCUGCAGACGUGUGCAAAUCCACCAGACAACCUCAAACCUGGAGACUAUUGGUAUGAUAAGAAUGCUGGCUAUUGGGGAAAGAUUGGAGAGAAGCCUUGCCAGAUUAUAAGCCCUCAAAUGAACAUAGGAGGGAGUAACAUCAAGAAUGCAAGCAAAGGUGACACUGGAGUUUUCAUUAAUAACCGGGAGAUAACCAAGACAGAGCUCUGGAUGCUCAAGUUGGCGAAGGUGCAGUGUGAAGGGAAGCCUCAUUUUUGGGUGAAUGCAGAUGGGUCUUACCUGGAAGAAGGUCAGAAACGUGAAAUGGGGAACAUUUGGAGUAAGAAAAGAGCAUGGCUUGCUUGUACUGUGUUCUCUCUGCCAAUGCCUCCGACUUCAUCGGCAGUAGAACCAAAUGAUGUGCCCUCUUACGACCAGAAAAUGCUGAACAGGCUUCUCCUCAUUGGUAACGAGAAAUGUGGCGCCACUACUAUCUACAAACAAGCAAGGUCUCUAUAUGAAGUCCCGUUCUCUGAAGACGACCGUGAAAGAAUCAAAUUCAUAAUCCAAACAAAUCUCUAUGCUUAUCUGGCGAUGGUUCUUGAAGCACACGAAAGAUCUGAAGAAGAGAUAAGCAAUAACCAGUCUUCGGAGCAAACAGGUAAUACGGGAGAUGAGAUCAUUGCUGCUAUAACAGUUAGCUCGAUAAGCCCGAGGCUAAAACAUUUUUCAGAUUGGCUUCUGAAAGCAAAGGAAGAAGGAAACCUGGAGAUAUUUCCAGCGUCAAGCCGAGAGAAUGCACAAACCGUUGCAGAUCUCUGGAGAGUCCCAUCCGUUCAAGCCACCUACAAAAGACUUCGUGAUACUCUUCCCAGAAACGCCGUUUAUUUUCUUGGACGAAUUCUUGAGAUCUCGAGAGCAGAAUACAAUCCUUCUGAUAUGGACAUAUUGCAAGCGGAAGGACUCUCGUCUAUGGAAGGACUUUCUUGUGUGGAGUUCUCAUUCCCAUCUACAAGUCAAGAAGAAUCUCUGGAGUCCGAAUAUCAUCACGAUCCAAAAAUGAAGUACCAACUCGUCCGGUUAAAUCCAAAAAGACUUGGAGAAAACUGGAAGUGGCUUGAAAGGUUUGAAGACGCAGACUUGGUGAUAUUCUGCGUCUCGCUAACGGAUUAUGUAGAGUACAUAGAAGAUGGUGAUGGGGUUCUUGUGAACAAGAUGAUUGCAAACAAACAGCUCUUCGAGAGCAUGGUGACACACCCGAGCCUAGCUAACAAAAGGUUCCUUCUGGUUCUAACUAAAUUCGAUCUCCUGGAAGAAAAAAUCGAGGAGGUUCCUCUGAGAACAUGCGAGUGGUUCCAAGACUUCAACCCGUUGAUCAGUCAGAAUCAGACGAGCAGGCACAACCCUACGAUGGCUCAGCGAGCUUUCCACUUCGUAGGGUUCCAGUUCAAGAGAUCGUAUGACUCGCUCGUGGGACCCUUCUCGAUGCGUGGAAGGGUCUUUAAGCCGAAGCUGUUUGUGACGCAUGGGAGCUUGGAGAGUGAGACUGUGGACAAUGCACUUAGGUAUGCGAGAGAGAUUCUCAAGUGGCAUGUUGAUGAAACCUCCAUGUUUCAAGAGAUGUCCACUACUAGCAUCGAUGCAAGCUUGUCCAAUGAUUGA